UCCAAUCUUUCAGUACAUCCUGGCCGUGUAGAAUGAUGGUGAAACAGGGAUUUCCACUUCUUUUUUUUAUAUCAGUUGCCAUGACUAUGGAGAUCCCAGCCAUGCAGUGUGAAAGAGAUUCAGACUGCCAAGAUGCAGGAGAGUCUUCUUACUGUCUCUUUUCAAUGUGUGAAACUUGCAUUCCAUGUGAGCAAAUGUUCAAUCGUCGCCCGCCAUUGACUGCUAGCGGCCGGCCUGGUUGUGCCAAAAUGGAAGUUGACUGUGGCGUGUGCCUUCCUGGUUAUCAAUCGGAAGAUUUGACGGGCCAAAGAUACUCUAUCAAGUGUUACCCUGUAACCACAGAACGGGAAUAUCAAGAACCUGUUGAUGUGCUUUCUGGCUCUCCAGAGACAUCUACCGGUGCCAUAUUGAUACUCAUCGUGAUUUCCACUAUUAUUUUCGUUACUGGCAGUUGUUUUGUUUACAGCAAACGUCAUCGUACAGUGACGACUGAUUCCACCAAUGGAAAUACACAAGACGAAAACCGAAAACUCGUUGAUCGCCUUCCACCGCCUUAUGAAGAACCAGAAGAGGUUUGCGGAAUUGCCCGUACAUCCGAACAAAUACACACUGUAGUGAUAGUAGAGUCAGAUAUCCCCAAUCAAGCCACGCCAAUCAAUCAUUAUCAUCGUCCCCUGCGGAUGGAUCCAUCGGAUAUGGAUGAAGAAAACGAAAUUCUUAGUGGACCUGAAAGGCUCGAAUCUCAGCCGGUAUCCCAUGAUGGAAACGAAUCGACUGAGACCAUUCCCUCACUUUGGGAACCCAAUUCCACUUUGGACCUUCGGAUAGAUGCAUCCGAACUAACCUCCCGAAUGGAAACUCAAAAUGGACUAGUCAGAAGUCAAUCACUGGAAUUAAUAGCUCGUCAUCCAGCAUCUCAUAGGCCAUUGACUCUGAGUAGAAGUGACCCUAUGCUACCAACUCAGUCUAGGAGAAGACAUUCCAGUGGAAGUGAAAGCUACGCUCAUCGUCACGUGCGACUCUCAAUGCACCGUCUUCCAGUCGCACCUGUUGCGUCGCUUGCCAAUGAAAACGUACCUGUUGACACAUCUGCAAGUUUGCCAUCUUGUUCCGGCUCAACCGACCAGUGCCAAGAAGACUGCGAACCAAAUGAACCGCAGGCUUUCCUUUUCGAUGAUUCUCAAAUUUCUAAUUCCGGCAUUUCAUACGAAAAUGGUCUUCAUUCAUCAAUACUCUCAUUCACCGGAUCUCUUUUUGGUCACCAAAUUUCGUCAUCGACACCUACCUCAAGUGAAACUGGUCGAGGAUCUCAAGAUUCCGGUUUCUUUGACCGAUCGCGAAGACGUCCAGCAGACGAUGAAUUCAGCUUCGGGGUUGCCUUAUUUGUAAAACGACCGCGUGAGUUUGAAUGAAUUUUGCGUUGUUCACGUCUUGUUACGUAUAAGUACCUAGAUGGAUUGUUAAGCCAUAGAUAGUAUUGUAAAAAUAAGUGCAUUUUUUUCAGACCAUGUAACUUGUUCCG